UUUCAUUUGAAAGUCAUGGCAAUCUUCUUGUCCUAAUCAGAGGAAAAUCCUCUCUCUCUCUCUCUCUCUCUCUCUCUCUCUCUCUCUCUCUCUCUCUACGCGGUUUCAAGAUCUUGGCCGCCAAACCCGACUUCAAUCUCUCCACCUUUAUAUAGCACCUGCCCUUUGCAAUUUCCCAAAGCAUAAUCCAAAACACACAAACACAUCAUCAUCUUAGACAUAGCACCAAGAGAGGGAUCUCCGCAAUCCAGAAGAAGAAGUUGAAUCUUUGUUUCUCUGAAGAUUAUUUCCGACAUCAGCCCCAAGCUCUCAGGAACAUGGCACAGAAUCAUCAACCUCAUGUGCAGACCAAGCAAGAUGAAUUCGUGGAGAUACCGAUGAACAUCGAACGAGGAACAGCGACAUUGAUCAACCAAACCGGAGGGAACCGGAAGAAGAGGCAAUGGGUGACUAUCGUAAUCUGCAUCUCCUUCGUCGUCAUUGGUCAAUCCAUCGCAAGACUGCUCGAGAACUUUUACUACGAUCAGACCCACCGCCUCGACUACGACGACAGUCGUCAGUACGACGGCGCGUGGACUCAAUCGCUGCUGCAGAGCGUGGGAUUCCCUCUCCUCAUCAUCCCUUUCCUCCUCUUCCCUUCCAGAAAACAGUCCAACCCUCCACCCAUCACUUCCGAUCGUCCCUCCGUCAAGUAUCUCGCCAUUAUAUAUCCUUGCCUCGGCAUAACAAUGGCGGCUCACGGAAGACUAUCAGCCACUGCGAAGCUCAGCAUACCGUUCGGGAUCUUCACUCUCAUCUACACGACCCAACUCUUCUUCACCUCUGUUUUCUCCAGAAUCAUCAACAAAACCAGAUUCAAUAGAUGGAUCUUCAUCUCCCUCGCCUUCGCCAUCGCCACCGGAGCUCUCACUCUCUCCACCUCCUUCGGCGGUGAACCAGACGAGGCAGAGGAGAGUUGGGGAAAGGGUUCGUGGUCGGCGUUCUUCGCCGCCGUAAUCUUCUCCCUAUUGCUCUGCAACGUACAGAACGCCUUCGAUUCGGUGAUCUCGAAGCGCGACGAAGCUUCCAACAGGAAGCCCAGCUUCGCCGUGGUCAUGGAGAUGUUGACCUCCCCCUGCCUCGCCGCUUCCGUCAUGUCGGCGGCGGCUCUGCUGAUCUCCGGCGAACAACACGAUCUGAGGAGAGAGAUGGAGGGGUUCUCCAAGGGAAAAGCUUCGUAUGUGUUGGCAAUGGCAGGUCAAGCAGCGGCGUGGCAGAUCUACUGGGUUGGGAUCGUGGGUUUGGUGUUCGUCGUCUCGUGCGUGUUCUCGAACAUCAUCAGCGUCAUCACAUGGCCCAUCGUGUCGGCUCUUGUGGUUGUCUUCUUCAAUUUCAUGGACGAUGACUUUGAUGCCUUCAAAGGCGCCGCCUUUGCCACCGCCGUUCUCAGUAUCUCAGCUUAUGUCUACAAAUUGAAGAAGGAAGAGAAGGAGACUGACGACUCCUCGAGUUAGGCUUUACAGGUUUUCUCACUUCACAUAGAAAAAAAUAUAUAUAUAUUGAUAAUACUUGUUCUUUUUCAUCGUGUAUAAAAAAAAAAUAUUUUUUUUUGUGUUUUGUGUUUGUGUUCUGUAUUUCAAUGUAUAUGAAGAUAAAUGUGAUACAUUUUGUAUCAAAAAAAAUUUGAUUGACA